AUGAGUUCUCUAAAAAUUCCCUGUAGCAUUCAAAAGACCUUAUCAUUAUUAAAAAGACAAAUUCAAAAUGAAGGAAUAGAAGGAACUUUCACUAUAUCUGAAAAAGAAAUAUGUUAUUCAAAUGAAUCUAAGAAAGGAUGA